CGGCUUAAAAAAGGCUUGUUAUUGACUUUUAAAGCCUCUUUUCGUUGUCAUCGCGUUAUCGGUUUGUCUAUCGCAAAGUUUGCAUUGAUGAUUUUGUUUAUUAUCAAUUAUUAUUGUUACAAAGAUGAUUGCGUUUGACAGUUUGUAUUUUGACAGCUUUAUUUUAACAGCUGUUCGACGAGUUCAAAGUGUUUAAACGGAUACAAUAAUACCAAAGGAAAGAACAGAAAAAAAGGCGCGCGUGUAUGUUCUCUAGUACUAUAAAUUAUAGUGUGAUUAUUUGAUUAUUUACAAAACGUUAAGACUCAAAACGUAGUUAAAGCGCGAAGUAUAUUUGCGUGUGUAUACUGCGACAAGAAAGCGGGUAAAGAUUUACCCGCUUACGAACGUCCGUUUACCUUAGAUAAUAUUUUAGCAUUGUUUAUCGUGCUUCUUGUUUUUCUCAUUCGCGUUUCAUUUCGCUUAUGCAACGUAUGCAAAAGAGCACUUGUGAAAAACUGCGGCAAGCUUUUGUGUUUUGGGAACGUCCGAGGCACUGCCGUUGUUCAGCAAUGAAAAGCCGGACGAGACGAACAUCUGCUAAUUUUCUAUGCGUCUGCAAAUCGAUCAAAGGCUGCUAAUGGCGUGCUGACGUGCGACAAAUGCCAGUAUGCAAAUAUUUUGUGCGCAAUGUAGAAUAACACAGUAAAUUUGAAAUGAGAAUUCCUUUAGAUUAUGCGAUGCGAAAUUCGUCAUAUCAUUGUCUCGCAAAUUCAUAACGUCUGAUUGAAUUAGUCGUGCGAGGAUACUUAUUUGGAUAAUUGUGUUGUAAAAUAUGACACGAAAUUAUCACAAUAGUGCGGGUGCAGGCAGAAUACAAAGCAGUGAGUCAGCGGCGAUCGGCAACCGGCUCUGCGCUUUCCUCUCUCUUUCACUAUCUCUUUCUCGUUCAGCCUUUGCGAGAGAUAUAUCUUUCCGUCCCAUUCCUUUUUUCCACUCUCGCAAUAUAAUCCCGGUGUACUGGUUCUCCCCUCGCUCCUCGCCUCAUGUUUCUCAACACUUUGACACUUUCGAAUGGGUCGACGCGGCGCGUCCAGUGACUCCUCAUUGCACACAGUUUGCUCGUCCGUGCAGGUGCAACGUGUCGGUUUCAUUCUUUUGUGUUCUUCUGUUGUGACGAUCUCAAUUAGAAGUAACAGAAUAUCAGACAGAAGGAUCUGAAGCUAUCACAGGCUUUCCGAUACGUCAUUAUUGACAUAUAUUCAAAAGAGGAAGCAAAAUGUCCGAAUAUUGCGAAUAUAUGUGGUGCGAUUCCGCGCGAGGUCACAACAGCACCGCACUAGCGCGUAGCAUUUAUGAAGAAGGAGGCAGAUUUGAUAAGCGUGAUAAGAAGCUGGCAAUUAAGACUGUCAGAGCCAUACUUCGGGAAAUGCCGAAUGUAGACCUGAAGCAUUGCACGGACGAAUAUAUUACGCGCUUCCUGCUGGCUCGGAAGUAUCGCACCGAGCAGGCGGCUGCCCUGAUAGUCGCUUAUCAGGCUCAAAUAACACAUCGCCAGGAUAUCUUUGGCAACCUCACCGCCCGGGAUCCCGCCUUGCAACGUGCGCUUCGUGCGGGUAUACCGGGUGUCCUGCCGGCGCGAGACAGGAAAGGCAGAUGCGUGCUGAUUAUUUUGGCAUCGCAAUGGGAUCCCUUAGCCGUGCCCGCAUUGUCUGUUCAACGAGCUAUCUUCUUAGUUCUGGAAAUACUUAUUCAAGAUCCUCGAAACCAGCAAUCCGGUUUCGUCGCUGUGGUGGAUUGGAGUGGGUUCUCGUUGCGGCAGGGCGGUGCACUGGGUGCAGCGGCUCUACGAAACCUAAUAGCUGCUUUACGUGGGCGAUUUCCUGCUCGAUUCAAAGCGAUACACUUCCUUUCAGCGCCACUAUACGUCCAAGCGACUCUGGCUCUGGUGAAGCCAUUCCUGGAUGAGAAAACGCGAAAUAAGAUUUACCUGCACGGCAACAAUCUCAGCACGCUUCACGAACAUCUGCCGACGGACAUCCUGCCGGCUGAGCUUGGCGGAACGGGACCAGCCUUCAACCCGGGAUUAUGGGCUGAGCCGGUCAUCCACUCGGCGAUGAAAGAAGCUGAGCUCGCUGCCGCCGCCAAAAAGGGAAAAGAGCAGCAGGUAGACGCGAGCGAGCAAGAACCGGCCAGCCUUCAAGAUGGCUUGCAAACCACAAACGGAAACUAUCGGAGGAGGAGCGACGGAUCGAACAUGGACAAAACAUUCCUCAACAAGUCCAGCAAUGCCGCGAAGCGUUCUUCCGCGAAGACGACGCAAAUGGAGGUAGAAUUGAAUGUGAUAAACGAGCGAUCGAACGAGCGGAGAGAAAUGGAGGGGUUUGCAAACAAAAACGAUAAGGAUAGCGCUAAAGAACGAUUGGUACACGUCGAACGAGUUAGUGACGAAAAUGCAGAAGAGAAGCGUCAUUCCGACAAUACAACGGACAAACACAAGGAUAAUACAGUUUUACUCGACGCAGAGCUCAACCUAAGUGAAUUCGAAAUGAUUCCUAAUAGGUUGGACAACGAGAACAACAAGGAUAGCUUAUUGGAUAAUAGAUUAGAAAAAAAGGCUCUCAUCGUUACCGGCAACAACGAAAUACCGUCGGAAGAAACGAAUCUCAUAACGUAACGCUAAUCUCCGCAGAUCUAGGUAUUCGUAAUGUUUAUUAAUAGGAAUCUGUCUUCUCCCGUUGCGAAGGAGUUUUUUUUUAUAUUAUUGACAUGAAUCUUUAGAUGUGGCUCGAAUAGUUUCGUAAUAUCGCAAUUUUGUCGGUAACAACAGAUUUUCCUAUAGACUGUUUUUUCUAGGCUGUAAUCUGGUGCGGCGCUCUUUUUGCGGAUUUCGUUUAUAUUGGGAUAUGGAAAAUCGGGUUUAAAGUUUUAUAGUGAUCUUAUUACUGCUGCUAGAAAUAAAUUUGAUAUAAUGAAGAGCGCAUUUAGAUAUUUUUAUUCUUAAAACUUAUUUGUGAAAGAAUAUUAAAUAUAGCGGUCAAAUUAGAGUUUACAAAAAAUAAUGUAUUCAAUUUGUAAUCGAAUAUGAUCUCUUUUAAUUUGACAUGUUUAGCAUAAUUUGACAAAUGUUAAAUCGCAUAUCGGGAGUUUUGUUAGAUCAACUUAAUUUGAUAUAAGAGGCGUUAUUAUAAAAAGAUAAGAGCUAUUUGCGCUAUCUUAAUUAUUUGUUUAAUAUGGGAAUUAGAUAUUUCAGAAAUUUUAUCAAUCGGUCGAUCAAAUGCUUCUUACUUACAAUUAAACAUGACUUUGCACUUAAAUAGGAUUGAGAGCUAAGAAAUGAACGAGCGCGAGAGGUUUUAUCCCAUAUGCGUGUGUGUAUCACAUUUACAAAUAUAAUCUCGUAAUCUUAUUAGAAUUAUGUGCUACUUCAAAAUUUCAGCUAAUAGCAAAAUAAGCAUUUCCGAUAAAUGCUUUAGACAUUUUAUAUUUACAAGUUAUAUAAAUAAUUUUUGGCAAACUCGAGUAGUAUAUCUUAAAUAAAUAUUGA